UAAGCACUGUGUCUUCCGCGUUAGGUAAAAAGCACAGAUGCGGGCAACGCAGAAAGGCACAAUUAGCGCUCAGGCUACUGCUUAUGCUAAAACUUUUUCCCCCCACUAAGAAGCAGGGUUAUCAGUUCCGGCCACCUUUUUACUAAAACAUGUCUUUCUAUAUUCGGUCGCAGACUCUUGUGCUUUAUAUGGGAUUAACAAUACUUGGGAUUAUCCUUGCCUAUGGCUUGUACAGUACAAAUUUGAGAUGUUCCGUCUCAUCCAACAUCCAACCUAUUUCUGAAGGAAAGAGGCAGACUUGGUGGAUUCAGAGGGGAGAACUCUCCAGAACGAGGAACUGGAAUGUUGUCUCUCCUGAGAGGUUACUAUACAAACAACCCAGUGCGACAUGGGGGCGCUCUGAUGUAAUGCCCAUAACCCCCUGGCUGGCACCGAUCAUCUGGGAAGAAACCUUUAACCCUGAGCUGGUUGAUGCCAUAUACAAGCCAAUGAAUCUCACCAUCGCAACCACUGUGUUUGCUGUUGGAAAGUAUAUCAGGUUUCUGGGUGAUUUCUUGGAAUCGGCAGAGCAGCACUUUAUGGUUGACUUCAAAGUGAACUAUCACAUUUUCACUGACCAGCCGCAGGAAGUUCCAGCGGUGACUCUGGCUGCUGGAAGAAAAAUCUUUGUCCAUCUGGUGCCGAAGUUAGACCGCUGGCAGGACAUCUCUGCUUCGAGGAUGCAGAUGAUCCAGACCAUCAUCGAGCAGCAGGUUCACCGAGAGGCAGAUUACAUCUACUGCCAGGACGUCGAUGCAAAAUUCCACUUUCGCUGGGGUGCAGAAACUCUGGAUCGGCUGGUGGGCCAAAUACACCCUUGGUACUAUGAUUUGAACCGUGAUCAGUUCACUUACGAACGGCGUCCUGAGUCUACGGCCUACAUUCCUGCAGGGGUAGGAGACUUCUAUUAUAUUGGAGCCAUGUUUGGGGGCACAGUUGAGGAUGUUUAUAGACUGGUUAAAAAGUGUCAUGAAAAUAUAGAAAUAGACAAAGCAAAGGGAAUAGAGGCGGCCUGGCAGGAAGAGAGUCACCUAAACUGGUACCUGCUUCACAAUAAACCCUCUAAGGUUCUGUCGCCAGAGUACAUGUGGGAUGACCAGAGGGGUAAAACAGAAGUUAUGAAAGUCAUUCGACUUUCACAAAUCCUUAAGAACUAUGCAGAAGUAAGAGAAAACGUGUAACGCUCACGCUACUGAAGACACAGCAUUGACUACAUCCUAUCAUGGGCUACAUCUUAACUGUGGGCACUCCUAGGGCAUUACAGCAUUCCUAACAUGUCUCCAGAAAGUUAGGCAAUUGAUGAUAAUUUGUGUAAUAAUUAGGCUUAGAUAAUUAUUUGACUGUACAUGUAUUGACAUUUUUGUAAUAAUAUAUGAUUUCUAAAGUUUAAAAUCAGUGGUGAGCUAAUAUGGAAAUUUUGACAAAUACAAAACAUUUUUGGUUGUUAUCGUACAGAUGACCGGCUAACCUCUGAGCUGGAGGGGCAGCACACAUCAGUGUAAUGUUACGUUAUUUUUUACUUUGUGUAAAACAAAAGACCGAUCUGUGGGCCAGAUUUAAUAAGAAAUUAAAACAUGUCACGGGCUGGGACCAGAAUUGCCAUGCAGCCUGUAUUUAACGGGUCUUGUUUUGUAAAAUAAAACGCUGCAUUCCAUUUUGGACCAAAAUGGCCAAUGAUCCAAGGCAGUGUAAUUACAGUGUUGGUGCCAGAGCAUUGAGUUAGCAUAUGAUCCACAGCCCGCCACAUUUUAGGAUGAAAUCCUUUAAUUAAAAAUUUUUAAUGAAGGGUCCUUGAUGGGUGGCAUGUCAGGAAGCAUGGUGGCUCAUUUGGAGGCCAAUGGACCAUAAACUUAUUUUUUUACAGUUGGAGCAGAGCCAAUGUAUAAUGUUUCAGCUUAACACAGUGGACAGAGACCAUGGUGUCCUUGUUGACUCAGAUCUACAUUUUGAUGCUCAUCUAACAACAAGCCUGGGCUACUGUAACGGCCUCCUUUCUGGUUGCCCAUGUAGAUCCUUGUAAACUUCAGCUUGUAUACAGUGCAGCUGGCAGAGAUCUUACAAACAAUAAAAGAAAUGACCAUAUUAGCCCUGUUUUGUGCUUCCUUCACUGGCUUCCAGUUAAGUUUUGGAUUGAUUACAAGAUGCUACAACUUACAAAAGUGCUGGACUGUAGUUUUAAGCUCUUGCUAAGUGCUCAGCCCCAGCUAGGCCUAUAGUGUGUGUAAUGUUGUAUGAUAUACGUUACAUCACACAACUUGUAUUCAGGUUUGAUAUUUUUAUAUUGAAUGUGUUGUUGCCAUAUGGCUUUCAGCCUCUGGAAGGUGUGGUUUAUCGAUUACUUGCUUUAUUAUGAUUAAUUGCUUUAUUACUUGUUUUAUUGAUUAAUUGCUAUAUGAAUUGCCUUAUUGCAUUGGACCUGGAAGUAGUGUAUUUAUACAGUCAGUAUGGGGGCGUCUCGCUUUGGUUGCCUUGUACGGUUAUGUUGUAAAUGUGAGUUUUGACAGAUUUUUUACUUAAUUUAUGGUGUGUUGUUUUACCUUUAUAAUUGGUGUUUUGUUUAUGGUUUGUUGUUUUACUUUGGUUGUGGUUUAUUUUCAUUUUAUAUUCAUGCACUUUAAAUAAAUAACACAUUUUGCAUUUUG